AUGUGGCACUCUUCUCACCAGCGGCUAGCAGACUCUUCCCCCGUCAGAUACGACCCAAGCUCCAGUCCCGGGAGAACAUCCGGCCGUGUCCAGUCUGAUUUCCCAAGCAGCAGCAGCGGCCUGUUUGUUCGUCAGGAUCGGCAUCCUCGCAUUUCUACUCGAAGAGGCGACAUUCAUUCUGACGCGUUCGCUUCCUCGCCUGCUCAACGACGACGCAUCUAUGUGGGCGAAGAUGGCAUGCCAGUCCGAGAUGGUCAAGAUCCGGCCUCAGAAGCUACCUUUUCAAACCUCAAUCCGGACACCUCCGAAGCAGAUGCCAUGGGGGGUGACUCCACAAGAGUCAUCUGGGGCACAAACAUCUCCAUCCAAGACUCUAUGUCAUCCUUCAAGAACUUUCUCUAUAAUUUUACGAGGAAGUAUCGCAUGUGGGCCGAUGGUGCGAGCGAGGAGGAGACGCGAGAGCUAGGUCUUGCUGCCGACGAGAAGGAAUAUCUGGAGAUGUUGCAGAACAUGCGUAAGCUUGGUGUCCAUGGGCUCAAUCUGGAUGCGCGUAACCUCAAGGCAUACCCUGCAACCUUGAAGUUGUGGCAUCAACUGCAAGCAUACCCCCAAGAAAUCAUACCGUUGAUGGAUCAGACGGUGAAGGAGGUGAUGGUUGAAUUGGCAACGAAAGAAAUGCAGGAAUUACAGCGAUCUCACAAUGCCGCAGUCGCCUCGCGAGCGAGAAAUGAAGGAAGCGCAGCGACGCCAGUUGCUACACCUGCACCGGCAGCCGACGAGCUCCCCGAUCUUGUUGAAGAGGCGCAAGUUCGCCCAUGGAAGAUCUUGCCUUUCGGACUUGAUCAAACAGUCAACCUGCGUGAUCUUGAUCCGAAGGACAUCGACAAGCUGAUUGCAGUAAAAGGCCUCGUCAUUCGAGCCACCCCCGUCAUUCCAGAUAUGAAGGAAGCAUUCUUCAAAUGUGCGGUGUGCAAUCAUACCACCUAUGUGUCAAUUGACCGUGGCAAGAUUGCGGAACCGACACAAUGCCCACGCAACGCCUGCAAAUCCAAAGACAGUAUGCAGAUUGUCCACAAUCGAUGCGUCUUCGCGGAUAAACAGGUCAUCAAGCUGCAAGAAAUGCCGGACUCGGUGCCAGACGGACAAACACCGCACAACGUGUCUCUCUGUGUAUACGAUGAGCUUGUUGACGUUUGCAAAGCUGGUGAUCGGGUUGAAGUGACAGGCAUUUUUAGAAGCAAUCCUGUCCGAGUCAAUCCUCGUCAACGCACCAUUAAAUCUCUCUUCAAGACCUACGUCGAUGUCCUCCACGUUCAGAAGAUCGACAAGCGAAAGAUGGGCAUCGAUGUGUCUACCAUCGAGCAAGAACUGUCCGAACAGGUAACUGGCGACGUCGAGCAGACGAGAAAAGUCUCAGCCGAGGAGGAAGCCAAGAUCAAAGAGACGGCCGCUCGCGAUGACAUCUACGAACUUCUGGCCAGAAGUUUGGCCCCGAGUAUCUACGAGCUAGAAGAUGUCAAGAAGGGGAUUCUUCUGCAGCUCUUUGGCGGGACGAACAAGUCUUUUGAGAAAGGUGGCAGUCCCAAAUACAGAGGCGACAUCAACGUCUUACUCUGCGGUGACCCUUCCACCUCCAAGUCUCAGUUGCUGCAAUAUGUGCACAAGAUCGCACCAAGAGGUGUCUAUACGUCAGGAAAGGGUUCCUCGGCAGUCGGUCUGACAGCGUACGUGACCCGUGAUCCAGAGUCGAAACAACUGGUGCUCGAGUCGGGAGCAUUGGUCCUCUCGGACGGCGGCGUAUGUUGCAUUGACGAGUUCGACAAGAUGAACGAAUCCACCCGCUCCGUGCUGCACGAAGUCAUGGAGCAGCAGACGGUCUCGAUCGCCAAAGCAGGCAUCAUAACCACCCUGAACGCCCGAACAAGCAUCCUCGCCUCUGCAAAUCCCAUCGGGAGCAAAUACAACCCCAACCUGCCGGUACCGCAAAACAUCGACCUUCCUCCUACCUUAUUGUCGAGAUUCGACCUCGUCUAUCUCGUACUGGACCGCAUCGACGAAGUCAACGACAGACGUCUCGCGAAGCACUUGGUCGGGAUGUACCUCGAAGAUACCCCGGAGAACGCAUCUCGUGAAGAAAUCUUGCCCAUCGAGUUCUUGACCGCCUACAUCUCGUACGCCCGCUCAAACAUCCACCCAGCCUUGACGCCACCGGCCGCGGCAGCCCUAACGGAGGCCUACGUGGCCAUGCGGUCGCUAGGCUCGUCGAUCCAGGCCUCCGACCGACGCAUCACGGCGACAACCCGUCAACUCGAGUCGAUGAUCCGCCUCGCCGAAGCGCACGCCAAAAUGCGUCUAUCUACGACUGUCACUGAAGCCGAUGUCGCCGAAGCCGUACGGCUCAUUAAAUCCGCCAUCAAGGCAUCCGCGACAGACACACGCACCGGGCUCAUCGAUAUGGGGCUCCUUUCCGAAGGAGGCAGUGCCAGCGACAGGCGGAGGAAAGAUGAUCUCAAGCGCGCCGUGCUGGCUGCCAUUGACGAAGACGGUGCGGUCAGGUCCGGCAACGCUGUUCGAUAUGCAGACCUGUACCGCCGCGUGGCUGAAGGAAGUUCUGUCGAGAUCGAUGGCGCCGAGGUCCAGGACGCUCUGCGCGCUCUGGAGCAGGAAGGCAAAGUCCAGGUCACGGGUGAGGGUGGUCGGCGUAGCGUGAGACGCAUCUCUGGUGUUUGA